AUGGAGGCUGAAUUUUACAUGGUGAUUCUUACCUGCUUGGUCUUCAGGAGCUCAGAGGGGUUUCAGAUUGUCCAUGUCCAGAAACAACAGUGUCUUCUCACAAAUGGGAAAGUGGGCGUGGGCUCAUGCAACAGGACCAUCCAGAACCAGCAGUGGAUGUGGACUGAGGAUGGAAAGCUCUUUCACAUGAAAUCUGCGCUGUGCCUGUCUGUUUCCAAUUCCUCUGGUGCCCCUUCCCGCUCAGCCAUCUUGGACUGCUGCUCCCAGGCACCCCAAUGGACCUGCUACUAUCAGGAAGGGUUCCUUGAGGUGGAAAAUACUUCUCUCUUUCUCAAAAAACAAGGCUCCAGGGUAGUGGUCAAGAAGGGCAGAAAAUACCUUCAUAGCUGGAUGAAAAUAUAUGUCAAUGAGGAGGGAAAACUGGCCAAUGAAAACCUCUGCUUAAAAAAAGCUGUCCUGGGAACAGAAGUUUCAGACAGGUGCCCCAGAAACACAGCUCCUCCUCAGACCCUGACUGCUUUUAAUGCAGUUCCGUAUAGUCCGGAACACCUUACUAGGAACACCACAGAGGCCUUCAUCAAGAAUACUACAGAAAGCUACAGCCAAAACAGCAGCGAGAGGCAGCACCCUAAUCUGCACACGACUGGAAUCACAGACACAUCGUGGGUUCCGUUGACUACUCAGCCCUUCUCCAGCACCACUGAAGAGACAGGACUGGCUGAGCCAGUGAAAUGUAACUUCACCGUGACGGAGUCCAGGGUCUCCAGCCGGUCCGUAUCUAUCCAGUGGAAAGUCUGGGGGUCACCCUGUAACUUUAGCCUUAUCAAUAGUAGUGACACCUCGGAGGCCGCAUGGUGCCACCCCAUUCGGAUAGACAACACCACGUAUGGAUGUAACCCUAAAGAUUUACAAGCGGGAACUAUCUAUAACUUCAGGAUUGUUUCUCUGGAUGGAGAAGAGAGAACUGUGGUCUUGCAAACAGAUCCUUUACCUCCUGCUAGGUUUGAAGUCAACAAAGAGAAGACGACUUCAACCAGCUUGCAUGUUUGGUGGACUCCUUCGCCCGGAAAAGUCACCUGGUAUGAGGUGCAAUUAUUCGAUGAUAAUAACCAAAAGAUACAGGAGGUCCAAAUUCAGGAAAGCACUUCAUGGAACGAAUACACCUUUUUAAAUCUCACUGCUGGUAAUAAAUACAAUAUUGCCAUCACAGCUGUUUCCGGAAAUAAACGUUCCUCUCCGGUUUAUACCAAUGGAUCAACAGUGCCAUCUCCAGUUAAAGAUAUUGGUAUUUCCACAAAAGCUAAUUCUCUCCUGAUUUCCUGGUCCCAUGGCCCUGGGAAUAUGGAACAGUACCAACUGAUGCUAAUGGAUAAAGGGACCGUAGUUCAUAGCAGUGCUGUGGACAAACAUGCUACUUCCUACGCUUUUCAUGGGCUGACACCUGGCCACCUCUACAACCUCACUAUUGCUACCGAGGCUGCUGGGCUACAAAACUACAGGUGGAGACUAGUCAGGACAGCCCCCAUGGAAGUCCCAAACCUGAAGGUGACAAAUGAUGGCAGUUUGACCUCCCUAAAAGUCAAGUGGCAAAGACCUCCUGGAAAUGUGGAUUCCUACAACAUUACCCUGUCUCACCAAGGGUCCAUCAAGGAAUCCAGAAUAUUAGCACCUCAGGUUACUGAAACUCACUUUAAAGAUUUAGCCCCUGGACGACUUUAUCAAGUUACCAUCAGCUGUGUCUCUGGUGAACUGUCUGCUCUGAAGACAGCAGUGGGCAGAACAUUUCCAGACAAAGUCGGGAACCUGGAGGCCACCAACGGUUGGAUGAGAUCUCUCUUGGUGAACUGGUCGCCCCCUGCUGGAGACUGGGAGCAGUAUCGCAUCCUGCUCUUCAAUGAUUCCGUGGUGCUGCUCAACACCACGGUGGCAAAGGAGGAAACACGCUAUGUCCUGGGUGACCUGGGGCUCAUACCAGGAAGACAGUACGAGGUAGAAGUCGUUGUUGAGAGUGGAAAUCUGAAGAAUUCUGAGCGUUGCCAAGGCAGGACAGUUCCCCUGGCUGUCCCCCAGCUUCGUGUCAAGCAUGCCAAUGAAACCUCACUGGGCAUCAUGUGGCAGACCCCUGCAGCAGAAUGGGAGAAAUAUACCAUUUCACUAGCCGACAGAGACCUCUUACUCAUCCACAAGCCGCUCUCCAAAGAUGCCAAAGAAUUCACUUUUACCGACCUGGUGCCUGGACGAAAAUAUAAGGCUACUGUCACCACUAUUAGUGGAGACUUAAAAAAUUCCUCUUCCGUCAAAGGAAGAACAGUGCCUGCCCAAGUUACCGGCUUGCAUGUGGCCAACCAAGGGAUGACCAGUAGUCUGUUUACUAACUGGACCCAGGCACUGGGAGAUGUAGAAUUUUACCAAGUCUUACUGAUCCAUGAAAAUGUGGUCAUCAAAAACGAAAGUGUUUCCAGUGAGACCAGCAGGUACAGCUUCCACUCCCUCAAAUCGGGCAGCCUCUACUCCGUGGUGGUGACAACAGUGAGUGGAGGGAUCUCUUCUCGACAAGUGGUGGUGGAGGGACGAACAGUCCCUUCCAGCGUGAGUGGAGUAACGGUGAACAAUUCCGGUCGUAACGACUACCUCAGCGUCUCCUGGCUGCCGGCGCCCGGAGAUGUGGAUAACUACGUGGUGACGCUGUCUCACGACGGCACGGUGCUGCAGUCCCUCAUCAUCGCCAAGUCUGUCAGCGAGUGUUCCUUCAGCUCCCUCACCCCCGGCCGCCUCUACAACGUGACCAUAAGUACAAGGAGUGGCAAGUACGAAAACCACUCCUUCAGCCAAGAGCGGACAGUGCCUGACAAGGUCCAGGGAAUCAGUGUUAGCAACUCAGCCAGGAGUGACUAUCUAAAGGUAUCCUGGGUGCAUGCCACCGGAGACUUUGAUCACUAUGAAGUCACCAUCAAAAACAAAAACAACUUCAUUCAAAAGAAAAGCAUUCCCAAGUCAGAAAAUGAGUGUGUAUUUGUUCAGCUAGUCCCAGGACGGUUGUACAGUGUCACCGUUAGUACAAAAAGUGGACACUACGAAGCCAGUGAACAAGGGAAUGGGAGAACGAUUCCAGAGCCCGUUAAGGAUCUAACAUUGCGGAAUAGGAGCACUGAGGACUUGCAGGUGACUUGGUCACCAGCUGAUGGGGACGUUGACCAGUAUGAAGUCCAGCUGCUGUUCAAUGACAUGAAAGUAUUUCCUCCUUUUUACCUUGUAAAUACCGCAACUGAGUAUCGAUUCACUUCCCUGACACCAGGGCGCCAGUACAAAAUUCUUGUGUUGACCAUCAGUGGUGAUGUACAGCAGUCAGCCUUCAUUGAGGGCUUAACGGUUCCUAGCGCUGUCAAAAAUAUUCACAUUUCUUCCAAUGGAGCCACAGAUACCCUGACAGUGACCUGGUCUCCUGGUGGAGGAGAUGUUGAUUCCUACACGGUGUCGGCAUUCAGGCAGAAUCAAAGGGUCGAGUCUCAGACUAUCCCCAAGCACAUCUCUGAGCACACGUUCCACAGACUGGAGGCCGGGGAACAGUACCAGAUUGUGAUUGCCUCAGUCAGCGGGUCCCUGAGGAAUCAGAUAGAUGCGCUCGGGCAGACAGUGCCGGCAACUGUCCAGGGAAUAAGCGCAGACAAUGCAUACAGCAGUCAUUCCUUAAUAGUAAGCUGGCAAAAAGCUGUCGGUGUGGCAGAAAGAUACGAUGUCCUGCUUCUAAAUGAAGAUGGGAUCCUUCUGAGCAACACGUCAGAGCCAGCCACCACCAAGCAACACAAAUUUGAAGAUCUAACGCCAGGCAAGAAAUACAAGAUACAGAUCCUAACUGUCAGUGGAGGUCUCUUUAGCAAGGAAGCUCAAACUGAAGGCCGAACAGUCCCAGCAGCUGUCACCAAUCUGAAGAUCACAGAGAACUCCACCAGGCACCUGUCCUUCAGCUGGACGCCCUCCGUGGGGGAGCUCAACUGGUACAAUAUCUUUCUGUACAACCCGGAUCGGACCCUUCAGGAGAGAGCGCAAGUUGACCCUCAAGUCCAGAGCUUCUCUUUCCAGAACUUGCUGCAAGGCAGAAUGUACAAGAUGGUGAUUGUAACUCAUAGUGGGGAGCUGUCGAAUGAAUCUUUCAUAUUCGGUCGAACAGUCCCAGCCUCCGUCAGUAAUCUCAAGGGGUCCAAUCGGAACAUGACAGACAGCCUUUGGUUCAGCUGGAGUCCAGCCUCUGGGGACUUCGACUUUUAUGAGCUGAUUCUCUACCAUCCCAAUGGCACGAAGAAGGAAAACUGGAAAGACAAGGACUUGACAGAGUGGCGUUUCCACGGCCUCGUUCCUGGAAGGAAGUACACGCUGUGUGUGGUAACUCACAGCGGCGACCUCAGCAAUCAGGUCACAGGGGAGAGCAGAACAGCCCCAAGUCCUCCCAGUCUUAUGUCAUUUGCUGAUGUUGCGAACACAUCCUUGGCCAUCACCUGGAAAGGGCCCCCAGACUGGACGGACUACAAUGACUUUGAGCUGCAAUGGUUGCCUAGAGAUGCACUCACUGUCUUCAACCCCUACAACAGUAGAAAAUCAGAAGGACGCAUCGUGUAUGGUCUUCGUCCAGGGAGAUCCUAUCAAUUCAGUGUCAGGACCGUCAGUGGCGAUUCCUGGAAAACCUACAGCAAACCAAUUUUUCAAUCUGUGAGGACAAAGCCAGACAAGAUACAAAACCUGCAUUGCCGACCUCAGAACUCAACGGCCAUUGCCUGUUCUUGGAUCCCUCCUGAUUCUGACUUCGAUGGGUAUAGCAUUGAAUGCCGGAAAAUGGACACCCAAGAAGUUGAGUUUUCCAGAAAGCUGGAGAAAGAAAAAUCUCUGCUCAACAUCAUGAUGCUAGUGCCCCAUAAGAGGUACCUGGUGUCCAUCAAGGUACAGUCAGCCGGCAUGACCAGCGAGGUGGUUGAAGACAGCACCAUCACAAUGAUAGACCGCCCCCCUCCUCCACCUCCACACAUACGUGUGAAUGAAAAGGACGUGCUAAUUAGCAAAUCUUCCAUCAACUUCACGGUCAACUGCAGCUGGUUCAGUGACACCAACGGAGCCGUGAAAUACUUCACAGUGGUGGUGAGAGAGGCUGAUGGCAGUAAUGAGCUGAAGCCAGAACAGCAGCAUCCUCUCCCUUCCUACCUGGAAUACAGGCACAAUGCCUCCAUUCGAGUGUAUCAGACCAAUUAUUUUGCCAGCAAAUGUGCUGAAAGUCCUGACAGCAACUCCAAGAGUUUUAAUAUUAAGCUUGGAGCAGAGAUGGAGAGCCUCGGUGGAAAAUGCGAUCCCAAUCAGCAAAAAUUCUGUGACGGACCACUGAAGCCACACACUGCCUACAGCCUCAGUAGCUCCCUUACUGGUUCCCUCACACUAAUUUUCCCACCUGGGUUUGUUGUUUCCAUCCGGAUUAUUGUAGAGCCCUUGUUUGGAGUGAUUGAAGGUGUGAGUGCUGGUCUGUUUUUAAUUGGCAUGCUGGUGGCUGUCGUUGCCUUAUUCAUCUGCAGGAAGAAAACAAGCCAUGGUCGAGAAAGGCCCUCUGCCCGCCUGAGCAUACGUAGGGAUCGGCCAUUAUCUGUCCACUUAAACCUGGGCCAGAAAGGUAACCGGAAAACUUCUUGCCCAAUAAAAGUAAAUCAGUUCGAAGGGCAUUUCAUGAAGCUGCAGGCUGACUCCAACUACCUUCUGUCCAAGGAAUACGAGGACUUAAAAGAUGUGGGUCGAAACCAGUCUUGUGACAUUGCACUCUUGCCGGAGAAUAGAGGGAAAAAUCGAUACAACAAUAUAUUGCCCUAUGAUGCCUCGCGAGUGAAGCUGUCCAACGUAGAUGAUGACCCUUGCUCCGACUACAUCAAUGCCAGCUACAUCCCUGGCAACAACUUCAGAAGAGAAUACAUCGCCACUCAGGGACCGCUUCCUGGAACCAAAGAUGACUUCUGGAAAAUGGCAUGGGAACAAAACGUCCAUAAUAUCGUCAUGGUGACCCAGUGUGUGGAGAAGGGCCGAGUAAAGUGUGACCAUUACUGGCCAGCAGACCAGGAUUCCCUCUACUAUGGGGACCUCAUCCUACAGAUGCUCUCAGAGUCCGUGCUGCCCGAGUGGACCAUCCGGGAGUUUAAGAUAUGCAGCGAGGAGCAGCUUGAUGCACACAGACUCAUCCGCCACUUUCACUACACGGUGUGGCCAGACCAUGGAGUCCCAGAGACCACCCAGUCCCUGAUUCAGUUUGUGAGAACCGUCAGGGACUACAUCAACAGAAGCCUGGGUGCUGGGCCCACCGUGGUGCACUGCAGUGCUGGUGUGGGUAGGACUGGAACCUUCAUUGCUUUGGACCGAAUCCUCCAGCAAUUGGACUCCAAAGACUCUGUGGACAUCUAUGGAGCAGUGCAUGACCUCAGACUUCACAGGGUUCACAUGGUCCAGACUGAGUGUCAGUAUGUAUAUUUACAUCAGUGUGUAAGAGAUGUCCUCAGAGCCAGGAAGCUACGGAGUGAACAAGAAAACCCCUUGUUUCCAAUCUAUGAAAAUGUGAAUCCAGAAUAUCACAGAGAUGCAGUCUAUUCAAGGCAUUAAGAAUGUACCCGAAGAUCUCCUGGAUAAAAAUUAUUCACUGUGUGAUUUUUUUUUUUUUAAACUGCUUCAUGCCCUACAGAUGUGCCAGCUCUUUCUGUUGAUACUAUGUAUAAUUUAUUAAUCUGGAGAAUUUAAAAAAUUUUAUGUAAUUUAAAGGUAACAGAUAUUAUUGUA